AUGAGCCAGCGCCGCUCAGAAUCGCCCGCGCUGGGCAGGAGAACGUCGAACCUCUCCCUACGGAACGGUGCCGCCUCCAGUCCUGUUCUCCCAAACUCUCGCCGCGGUUCUUUCGCCCCGAACCCAAACGUGCCUCCAUCCCCGCUCGCCCAGCAUGAGCAGAAACCACCGCUCCGCGCGUGUGAUAUUGCUGAAGAAUGCUUCAAGAAAGAGUUAGCACGACAUGAAGGUAUGGCAGGUUCCGCAAAUGCAGGCACCAUCGUGAUUAUACAUGACCAAUGUUACGGCCACCGUUACGCGCGCCCGAAGACCACCAAAGGAACCCUCGCUACGAUUAUGGAGAGGCCGGAGCGCAUGCUGGCAAGUGUGCGCGGCAUAGCGACCGCUUAUGUACGUCUAGGAGAGCGACAUAUGGAGGGCAGCAAUCCUCCGCGCCCAGAUCAGAAUGUCCCGGAGCGAAUACCCUUCAAGAUACGCAAGACAUCGCGGAUGGUCGGGCUGGAGUCGCAAGUCGUGACGAACGUACACGGAACAAAAUGGAUGGAAGAGCUGAACAGGCUGUGCGAGAACGCUGGUCAGAAGCUGGCAUCAACAGGGAAGGAGCUUGCGCGGGAUCCGCCAACAAUGCCAGGGCAGCCACCGAAGGAUGCCUUCCACCCCAUGGAUCUUUACCUUUCCCCGGAAUCGCUGAACGCAUUACAAGGGGCGCUAGGCGGUGUGUUGGAUGCUGUGGAUGCGGUGUUCCAGGGAUCUAGCUUGGACAACGGCGUGUCGCGCGCUUUCGUCUGCAUCCGCCCACCUGGUCACCAUUGCUCUGCUGAGUGGCCGUCAGGGUUCUGUUGGCUAAACAACGUACACAUUGGGAUCGAGCACGCCAUGAUGAACUACGGGCUAACCCAUGCGGCCAUCAUCGAUUUCGACCUUCAUCACGGAGACGGCUCGCAGGAUAUAACGUGGGAUCGAAACAAGAGGGUUCAAGGAAUGCACAAGAACGUGGCCAACUGGAAGAAGACUUCGAUCGGCUAUUUCAGCCUACACGACAUCAACUCGUUUCCUUGCGAAGAUGGAGACGACGGCAAGGUGCAGGCCGCGAGUCUCUGUAUAGACAAUGCCCACGGGCAAUCUAUCUGGAAUAUACACCUAGAGACAUGGUCGACGGUAGAAGAGUUUUGGCAGAUAUACGAAGAGAAAUACUUGUUGCUUCUAGGGAAGGCACGAAAGUACCUCGUACACCACACCAAGCGUUUGCGCAAAUCUCCGAACCAUCCUGCGCCGAAAGCUGCCAUUUUCUUAUCUGCUGGCUUUGACGCGAGCGAACAUGAGACCGGCGGUAUGCAACGACAUGCGGUUAAUGUUCCCACAGAAUUCUACGCUCGGUUCACACGGGAUGUGGUUCGCCUCGCAGAAGAGUUGGACGCUGGUGUAGAUGGGCGCGUCAUCUCUGUACUGGAGGGUGGUUACAGUGAUCGUGCGCUAUCAAGUGGGGUCCUGAGCCACCUCAGUGGACUUUGCGACGGUCAGGUGUUUGCGGAUGCUCCUAUUUCUAGCCUCGCCCUCAAUAUGCACCAGCAGGUGAUUGGGACAGGUGUGCAUAAAGAUAUGCUCAUGAGUUCCGCGGAACCUGGGUUGACCCCGCUCACCUACGAUCCUCUUUGGUGGCACGAAACGUCCCUUUCGGAGCUCGAGAAUCUGGUGAUAGCGCCUCCGAACGUCAUACCAAAAAAGGUGCGAACGGGGCCUGCGGCUCACUUCUCAUCGCCGACGCAGUCAUUCACUGCUAAGGUUGUGGAUCCAUCCAAACUGCAACGUAGCUUGUCAGGAAGGUACACCCCCUCGCGCUCAGCGUCUCCAGCUCCGCCACCACCUCCGCCUGAGGUUGACUGGGCCACCGCAGCCCACGCUCUGAGUAAGUUGCUCAUACCUUCGGACAGACAGACCAGGAGUUUCAAAUUGGAGGAGCUGUCUGAGCCAAAGGUCAAGAAAGAGAAGCCCGCACCUGUGUUGACUGCUGUUCAUGUGGAUCCCUCUGGUCGUCAGCUGCGUGGAAGGAAGCCCGUCACAUCGUACGCCGACAACGGAUCAGAUGAUGAGUCUAUGCGCCCCGCGUCUAGAGCAAGCCGCCGCCAGACAAUCGCCGAUUUCCCUCUAGCGAGCACCGAGCCUGAACCCAAGCAGCGCACCACCCCUCGGCGCAUGAGCGUCGCCUCCAGCGUUGGAUCGACUAUGGAGAGCCGAAAUGAGAGCCGAAGUGAGAGCCGAAGUGAGAGCCGAAGUGAGAGUCGAAGUGAGAGUCGAAGUGCUAGCCGCGCUUCCGGUGUUCUUCCCAACGGACGCAGCUUCAUUCCUGGCCCGAGAACCGCUGCUGUACCGGUAAAGAAGGCUAGAGCUCCGAGCACAGCAGCAGUAGCUCGAAUCCCUAAGAGCCGGCCCCCUGUCCCUCGUGUACCGUCCAAUUACAUGGGUAAAACGGCUGCUUCAUGUGAGAAGGAGAAAGAGAAUGACAUCGACCAGCUCACCUCUCGGAUUCAACGUGUCAAACUGAACAUGCCUUCAAAGGACCAGUACGAUGCGAGGGAGAAAGCUAAAGAAGUAGAAAAGAAAGCGAAGACUACGCGAAAAGCACCUGCUUCAAAGACGACGAAGCCUGCUGUGAAGAAGGGACCAGGUCGGCCACCCAAGGUCACCAAACCUACGUCUGCCGUGGACGAAGCUGAGGUUCCUGUUCCUGUUCCCGUUGCUGUACAGCAAACACCAAGAGUUGAAGCGGCAUCUAUUACGUCACCAGAGCAGCCAGACCCAAUUGCUUUAGGGGCAACCUUAGCCGUGACUGAGCAACCGAGUGCGGCGGAUGUUCGCCAGGAGAACUCCUUUAAAUCUCCUCGUCAAUCCAGUGGCGUGCUUGAUCCCCCGACUGAGCUCAUGGAGAUGAGCAUUACCCCGGAGCAAUUGCCGGUCCCACCUUUUGUGGAAGCAGAACUCAUUCCUCUCACCACCUCAUUGCCUCGUCCAGACACGCCUCCACCCCCUCCUCCUUCGAGUAUGCCUCAGUUCGUCAACUACAGCAAACAAACCUUUGGGGCUGCUCAGCCGCUCUCAGAGAUGCACAGCCAGGUUGCUCUGCAGUGGCUUCCUCCGAGCACUGCCACGCCUGCUCCAGCAUCUGCUAAUGUGUCUGCGGUGACGAAUCCCGCCCGUCCACGGUCCCCAACAGGCACGCGACAAAGCCUCCCCGUGUUUACUGCGAGCGGACCGAUCCCGUUCGCACCGUCGCAUGUAAAUGGUGCUGUACCUGUGCCCAAACCUGAACUAAAGGACGAGCCGAAGGAUUUAUGGGAGGUGCCUGAGACGCCUGCGCGCUGA